UUAAGAUAGCUCGCUCUCUCUCUCUCUCUCUCUCUCUCUCUCGUGUUCGCAAUCGCAACGCUUGUUGUUUUCAGGCAUCCGUCUUCUCUCUCUCUCAAGAAACCCUAAUCCUAGAGGUGGAGCGGGGUUGCCUACCCUCGAGCUCCUGGUUACCGUUUUCAGGUACAUGUGCUACAUAGAAUAUCCACUGAGAAGAAGGAUAAAAUGCGACGUUGGUUGUGCUGUUCUUGUCAUGUGGAUGAGUCUUAUCAGGCCCAUGAGAAUGAAUACCUGAAGAGCCCAACAAAUGAUGCGGAUGGACACAAAGGUUCAAAAUAUUCUGCUGCUCCUAAAAGUGAAGCCCCAAAGGCACCACCUCCUAUUGAGGUGCCUAUGUUGUCUUUAGAGGUAUUGAACGAGAAGACUGAUAGUUUUGGGUCAAAGUCUUUGGUUGGUGAAGGAUCAUACGGAAGGGUGUACUUUGCAGUUCUAGACAAUGGGAAGCAGGUUGCUGUGAAAAAACUUGAUACUUCAUCAGAAGACAACUCCGCUGAAUUUUUGACUCAGGUCUCUAUGGUGUCAAGGUUGAAGCAUGAAAACUUUGUUGAAAUGCUGGGAUAUUGUGUUGAAGGAAAUAUGCGAUUGUUAGCCUAUGAGUUUGCAACCAUGGGCUCUUUGCAUGAUGUUUUGCAUGGCAGAAAAGGAGUCCAAGGUGCACAACCUGGUCCAGUAUUGGACUGGAUGCAACGAGUGAGAAUAGCUGUUGAUGCAGCAAAAGGGUUAGAGUAUCUUCAUGAGAAAUUUCAGCCUUCCAUAAUACAUCGGGAUAUCAGAUCGAGCAAUAUCCUUCUAUUCGAUGACUUUAGGGCCAAAAUUGCAGAUUUUAACCUCUUAAAUCAGGCUCCUGAUAUGGCUGCUCGUCUUCAUUCUACUCGAGUCCUGGGAACUUUUGGUUAUCAUGCACCCGAGUAUGCUAUGACAGGCCAGCUGACACAGAAGAGUGAUGUAUAUAGCUUUGGAGUUGUUCUUUUAGAACUGCUGACUGGUAGAAAACCUGUGGAUCAUACCAUGCCUAGAGGGCAGCAGAGUCUUGUUACUUGGGCAACUCCUAGACUGAGUGAGGAUAAAGUCAAACAAUGUGUAGAUCCAAGAUUGAAGGGAGAUUACCCAGCAAAAGGGGUUGCGAAGCUGGCAGCAGUGGCAGCUCUAUGUGUCCAAUACGAAGCUGAGUUUCGGCCCAAUAUGAGCAUUGUGGUAAAAGCACUCUCUCCUCUUCUCGUAAAUAAGCCGGCUCCCCCACCCGCGGCUGUUCCUUCCCAAGCUCCAGAUGCCUGAUCUGUAAUGAUUAUUAUGCAUAUCAUCAGACUUCAUUGGUAUGUUGAUUUUCUGCUAGGAUAGUUGUUUAGCAAAUCUUUAAACCUCAUCUAUGGUCCUAAUACAAGCCUCCAAUUUGCUUUGAGUGCUUCAAGAGUGUUCUAGUUUGUGGUGUUGUACAAGUCAUCAUCAAUGAGAUUCUUGUGAAUGGGGAUUUUUGUUGUUUAUUUGUUGAGCACCUCAGUCGUUGCUCUUUUUCCAGACAGUUGUGGAAGACUACAUGGAAUACUGAAGUAUCAUAAAGGCUGCAAUAUUCACUAU